AUGUCUACCGUUGUUGAAGAAGAAACAUCUAGUACAACAAAUGAUGUUGAGCCAACAGUAAAAGUUUCUAAAAAUCAACAACGAAAACAAAAACGCUAUGAAUUAAUGCUUGAACGACGUAAAUCCAAACGAAAAGAAGAAAAAGCUAAACAAAAACAACGUCGUAUUGAUAAAAUAAGAAAAGCUGAAGAUCCAUCUCUUCUUACUCGCCAUGGUCUUAAAUCCAAUCGUAUGGAAAAUUCUUCAUGUCGCAUACGAAUUUGUAUUGACUGUCGGUACGAUUCAAUGAUGAGCGAUAAAGAUGUUGGUAGUUUACAAAAACAAAUUGCUUUUUGUUAUUCAGCAAAUCGUCGUGCAUUAGCACCAUGUCAAUUCUACAUCACUAAUAUUGAUGGUCAAUUAGAUAAACGUCUCGAAAAGAAUAGUGCAAAAAAUUGGGAUAUCCAUCUACGAAACGAACCAUUAGAACAAGUCUUUCCUCACGAAGAUAUACUGUAUUUAACAAGUGAAUCAGAAAAUGUUCUAAGUAGUACAGAACCACUCGAUGAACGAACUGUUUAUGUUAUUGGUGGUAUUGUCGAUCAUAAUUCUCGGAAAGGUUUAUGUUAUCAACUAGCUUUACAACAUAAAUGGCGACAUGCACGUUUACCCAUAGAUGAAUUUAUUAAAAUGAAUACACGCCGUGUACUAGCUUGUAAUCAUGUGAUGGAAAUACUUCUAAAUUAUAUUCAAUUGAAAGAUUGGAAAAAUGCUUUCGAAGAAAAUAUACCAAAACGAAAACAAGAAAUACAAGCAAACUCAGAUAAUGAUAUACCACAAAUUGUUUCACCUGAACAUCCAGAAGAACCGAAAUCAUGUGCUGAAGUUCAUGAACGGCGAGAAGAAGUUGCUGAAGCAGAAGAUUCUCCUUCUAUUGCUUUAUAA